GCCUGUACCGCACUUACCCCAACGGACCAAUCGGUAUGCCCUGCUCGGGAGUAUAAGGGUAAACUAUGGCCGCAUCUAAUAAGAGAAAAGCUGCAUCUUCUCCAGUUCCUAAGCAACGGAAAUUCGGAGACAAAAUUACGUUGCAUUGCAACGAUGAGAAGAAAACUCCUAGGAGGAAAACAGCAAAGGGAGGCAAAUCCAAGCUGGCGUCUCGCAAGAGAAAAGUUUCUUCACCAAGCUUGAAAGAGAAUCAGUACGCAGUCGCUUUUAUUCCGGAAUGUGCGCCGACACAUAGCAAUGCAGAUGAUCCCAAUGUAAGCUCUGAGGCUCCGACGAUCUUUGACAAGAAGUUGCAGCUGCCUGAAGUAAGAAUGGUGGGUCGCUUAAAUCCAUUGCGAUGUCAGCCACGCCUCACGGAUGAACCAAUUGACCUUGAAGCCUAUACGAAACGUCAUGAAAAACACGAAAAGGAAGAAAAGCAGAUUUUGAGAAGGGAUCGAAUUUGGCAGAACGAAGUGCGAUAUCGCUCCCGACUACUGCGAUUGCAGCAAACCCCUCCACCAUUUCGUGAUUUUCGCAUUGUUGUCAUGAGAAAGGCUCGUAAUGUAAAAUAAAUCAGAAC